UUUGAGGACCAGACCAGGUCUACCAAAGCUGCUGAGGGCCGGAGGCUGCAAGGAUGCAGCCUAACGCCUUUGACACACCUUCUGUCUACGGGAGAUCAAAGCAAGAUAUGUUAAAAAAAAAAAAAAGAUGACGUCCUUGCAUUCCAUACUGUCAAGUUAGUUAGCUGUUAUGCUAGCCCCCCCCAUCGGACUUGUUUUUAACAAGUGCGCGUGCCUUUACAAUAUAAUUCGUCACAGUUCUGUUGACGUGGGACCCGUGAGGGGAAAACGUCACAAACAGCUCGCCGUCCGCUUGGUCUAAAGUUUUACGCCUGGACCCCACUGCGCAUGCGCCAAAUGCGGCUACCCGGAAACAACAUGGUUGUUUUUAGAGAACUCAAAUAGAACGGUCAUCUGUCAAACGGUGCAGAAGAGACUAUCUGGGCUCGUUUGGACGCUGAAUUAAGGACGCUCGCCGGGAUCCUCUUUGCUGCGCCCCGUCAGAGUUGAUGAGGCCAGGUGAAUCGGGCGAAACGAACCCACGGUCGAGCUAACACGUAGCGGAAGCUAACUGUCGGCUAGCAUGGACAGCGCGGCGCUGGAGCUCGACGCUGUCAAGUUCGCCAAAACGGCUGUGACCCACGACCAGACGGGCAAAUACAACGAGGCCGUGUUCUACUAUAAGGAGGCGGCCCAGGCCCUGAUAUACGCCGGCAUGGCCGGCUCCAGGCUGGAGGGAAUCCAGGACAAAGUCAACGAGUACUUGGACCGAGUCCAAGCGCUCCACAACGCCGUUCAGGCCCAGAAGAGCGACCCGCUGAAGACCCGGCAGCAUGUGGACCUGGAGCGAGCCCACUUCCUGGUCACCCAGGCCUUCGAGGAGGACGAGAAGGGAAAUGACGACGAGGCCGUUGAACUGUACACUCAGGCUGUGGAGCUGUGCAUAAACACAUCCAACGAGACAUCGGACCAGGCGCUGCAGACCAAGCUGAAGCAGCUGGCCCGUCAGGCUCUGGACAGGGCAGAGGGGCUCAAAGAGUCCAGAUCAACUCCAGCUCAGGACGCGAUGGGAACCCCGGGAGGCAAGCCCGCCGCCGGCGCCAGUUCCGGCGGUCCUGUUCGCCAGUUUUUCCCCCUCGGGCCCGAGUUCAGCCUCCACGACCGGCCGCUGCCCCAGCCGGUCCGGGCGGUCCAGUCCAGCCAGCCCGCGGGUCAGCGCUACACGUCGGACGAGAUCGAGGUGCUCAGGAGCACCUCCACCGUCAAUGGCAUCGCCUUUGUGCCCUUCAUGAGCGUGGACCUGAGGGAGCGAUUUGCCUUCCCUGUCCCCUUCUCGGACAAAGCAGGGAAACUGGCGCUGUCGCCCAAACAGAAAGCCGUCUUCUCCCGCUGGGUCCGGCCGGACGAGAUCUCGGACAACCCCACUAUGAUCAUGUCCGUGUCCAGCUUCAGCAUCAAGCAGACGGUCGUUUCCGACUGUUCCUUCGUGGCGUCGCUCGCCAUCAGCGCGGCCUACGAGCGCCGCUACAACAAGAAGCUCAUCACCAGCGUCAUCUACCCUCAGAACAGACGAGGGGAACCGGAGUAUAACCCCUGUGGGAAAUACAUGGUCAAGCUUCACAUCAAUGGAGUUCCCCGGAAGGUGGUCAUAGACGACUUCCUGCCGGUGGAUCGUCACGGAGAGCUGCUGUGCUCCUACUCCAGCAACAGGAACGAGCUCUGGGUCUCCCUCAUCGAGAAGGCCUACAUGAAGGUGAUGGGAGGCUACGACUUCCCCGGCUCCAACUCGAACAUCGAUCUGCACGCGCUCACUGGCUGGAUCCCUGAACGCAUCGCCAUGCACUCCGACAACCAGUCCUUCAGCAAGGACGACACGUUCCGCAUGCUCUACCAGAGGUUUCACAGGGGCGACGUCCUCGUCACCACGGCAACGGGGGUGAUGUCAGAGGAGGAAGGGGAGCGAUGGGGUUUGGUGCCGACCCACGCCUACGCCGUUCUCGACAUCAGGGAUUACAAGGGAAUGCGUUUCCUGCAGCUGAAGAAUCCCUGGAGUCACCUGCGGUGGAAGGGCCGCUACAGCGAGCGAGACGAGAAGAACUGGACGCCAGAACUCCUCAAGUACCUCAACUUUGACCCCAAAACAGCCCAGAAGUUUGACAACGGUGUCUUCUGGAUCUCCUGGGAGGACCUCUGUCAGUACUAUGAUGUCAUCUACCUGAGCUGGAACCCCGCCCUGUUCAAAGACUCCUCCUGUAUUCACAGUAGCUGGGAUGGGAAGCAGGGCCCGGUGAAGGACGUCUACAGUCUGGCCAACAAUCCGCAGUACAAGCUGGAGGUCCAGUGCCCGACGGGGGGGGCGGCCGUGUGGGUGCUGCUCACCAGACACAUCACCGACAAGGAGGAUUUUGCACAAAACAAGGAGUUUAUCACGCUUGUUGUUUACAAGACGGAAGGGAAGAAGGUUUACUACCCAGCGGACCCCCCCCCUUACAUCGACGGGAUCCGAAUCAACAGCCCCCACUACCUGACCAAGAUGAGGCUGACCAGCGCAGGGACACACACCUUCACGCUGGUGGUCUCCCAGUACGAGAAACAGAACACCAUCAACUACACACUGCGGGUGUUCUCCGGAUGCAAAUUCACCUUCUCCAAGAUCCUCAAUCCCUUCACCCAGACCAAACGGGUCAACGGCCAGUGGAAGGGGUCCAGCGCCGGCGGCUGUGGGAACUACAAGGACUCGUACAAGCUCAACCCCAUCUACCAGAUCAACGUGGAGCGGCCGGGGCCGCUGCUGGUGGAGCUCCGAGGAUCCAGGCAGUACAGCGUCGGCUUCGAGAUGGUGACCGUGUCCCUGGUGGGGGAUCCCGGCCCGGCUGCCCCCCCCAAGAGGAGCAGUGGGGAUUACAGGUGUGGCUUCUGCUACAUGGAGGCGGACCACGUCCCAGCCGGCCUCUACAACGUCGUCCCCACCACCUUCCUGCCCAAACAGGAAGGACCCUUCUUCCUGGACUUCUCCAGCACCUCCCCCCUCAAGGUCUCGCAGCUCCAGUGAAGGCGGGGCACUGGGGGGGGGGGGCUUUGGAUGGGACCUCCAUGAAUUACAAGCCUUCUUCACCUGGUUCAUCAAACCCCGCAUGACUAUUUUUAAACUUCAUCGAGAAAAUGAAACCCAAGAGAAGAGGAUGAGAGUAAAAUGCCCCCCAUCGAGGAUUAGUAAUCCUGUGCUUCCUUACUGUGUGUGGACGACGGUGAUCACAUGACCGCAGCCUGGGCUCAACUGCAGCACACAUUAGUCCAACAGGUCUGUCACAUCAGACCCACAAAGCCCCCUCCACCCCCCCAUAAUUAAUAAUGUACGUCACGUUAACACGAAUACGCUGCUAGUAUGAAUACAAUCUAAAUCUUAUUUCUGACAACGUUGGGGUUGCACUCGAGACUCUACUGCAAAACCCCCAGAAGAGGAGGAUGACAAUGAAGGAGGAGGAUAAUGAAGGAGUAGGAGAUGGAGGAGGAUAAUUGCUGCAAAGACGUCUCAUGAGAUCUGAUGACUUAGAUUUAAAAAGUCUUUGAGAAAAAAGUAUAGUGAAAGCGUAGUUUUUUUGAGCAGCACCUCCAGGACUAGUGUGUGUGUGUGUGUGUGUGUGUGUGUGUUGGCUCGACUGUCUUUUUUUAGAGGGUUUUUUCUAGAGGUUUAAAAAAAAAAAACAGUCAACGUUUGACCGAGCGCACGUCCUCCUGUGUACUUCUUAACAUACGGCACUUUUUUUCUGCAAUACUCUGAUGGACGUGUCUGUUUUCAGGAAGCUGCUCUCGUUCCUCUCACUUCCUGUUUGUAGAGAAUGUUGAAUCUGAAUGUAAAGAUCUCACAACGGCCAAAGUUACACGUCGCUGUUUGUGUCCCACAGAGGUUUAAGUCAUCGCGUUUACACAAGGCGCAAACAGCUGACGACUUUUUGGCUCGAUGUAUGAAUUGGUUAUUUGUGUUGAUAUUUGUCAUUGUUUUGUUUCUUUGAAUCAUUUUUAGUCCUCGUGGGUUUUCUAAAUGCUUCGCUUAAAAGGUUGAAAAGUUAAAUAUCCAAUGCCAAGUAUUUGUUGAUUAGUGGUGGGUGGUGUCACUGUCAUUAAUGCCAUGAUAUCAGUUGUUUGAUUGCUGACAGGUCGUGUACUUUAAAUGAUGCAUCAGGACCUGCAGCGACCUGCCAGGUGAUUUAUCAUCCAGCGUUUGCAGAACUUGCACUAAAUGUCGGUUCGACCGACGUGUUAUAGCA